AUGAUCUCCCAACCCUCGUCAUCACGCAGCAAGCUGAUCUCGCACGAGGACCACCACCUCGUGCCCCACUCGAUCAGCCUGCGACGACUCUUAUCGCGACUCGACAAGUCCGAGCUCGUCUCGCUCGUGGCUCGAUGGCUCGAUAAUGCAGGCACAUCCUACAUUCCACCCAUGCUCUCCCGACGUCAGCCGAAACCUGGCCAAGACGAACUUGCCUCCAAUCUCGCCCUCUACCACGCCAUCCUCGAUCUGAACGAAGAACGACGCUGUCGAUCCAUGGACGAAUUGCGCUUGCUGUGGACGGGUCCUAUGGCGGAUCCGAAAGUACCCAAAGCCAGAGCGCUCGAUCGAAUCUCAGACGUGGACUGGCCGGAGGGCCUGAGCUAUGCCAUGGUCGCCGAACUCGAUCUGUUCUACAUGAACUCUCGCCAACUGUCCAAGACAUGGACAACGGUGAAGCUUGAAUAUGACGACGAAGUCGACGCGGCUGGACGUGGGUGGGAGCGCCUGAGCGAAACGCAGAUUCGCUCGCGGUUGGGCAACGAGCUUGGGCACUACUUUGAGCACCACAUCUACCUUCAUUCACGGUCUCAGUCGGAGGACAAGAAUUCCCCAGCUACCCGUGCUUGGACAGACGGAUUCUCAUACUUUCGCAUUGUUCUCGCACCUACGCCGAGCGAAGUGUGUGGUACGGGUCUGCACAUCCUCCAUCUGCCACGCACACCGUUCCUGCUGGUUUCGGGAAGCCUUGGCCGCGGUGCAGAGAACAAGGAGAUGGCCCUAUCUGCCUUUGCAGCUGCUGCCGGCGCUACCACCGUCAAUUACGCCAAGCCCAGUGCAGGCUCGGCCGCCGCGAAGAAGCUGUUAGCUGAGCUCAACGAUGUAGGAGAGGACUCGACGGGGAACAGAAGGACGUUGGGCGAGUUGCGGGGCAAGGAUCCUUUGGCGCUUCGCGAGAUUCUCCUACACGAAUCAGGUCAGCUGUCUUCAACGUCCGAGAUGAGUGCAGCGCCAGCGGGUGUCGCGGGAGGAGGCAAGGCGAGGCAGAUGACGCGAUCCAAGGGCGGCAGCGGACACGGUGCCGAGGAUGGACCGCUGGUUGCGCCGCUCAAACGGCGGCGUGAGGAGGAUCUGUGCUCGUUCGGUCUGCGUCCACCGACACCACCAGCUUCAGGAUCCGAAUGGGACACUAUCUCGCUGUCAUCGGCUUCCACAUCAACACGACCCACGCAACGCCGACAGUCGCUCACGCCGUCCUCGCAAACGCCGCAAGAGGCGCACCUCCACGCUCGAGAGGCUCUCACCUCCCAAACGGAGUCCCGUCGCGAAGCAAGCGACCUCUUUGGUCCGCUGCCAAGGACCGACGAUCCUCUAGACGACACCUUGCCCCGCGUCGAACGCAUUGAGUACGAGCUGCACCUCCCUUUCCCCGCCAUGCAGCGCUACAACACGCGCAACCUCAUCGACAUGGACGCGUACAACGCUGACCCGGACAAACCCAAAAUCAGGCUUCGUCUCGAGGGAACGCAUGUCCUGGCUGGAUUGAGAAAGCUGGUCGCAACAGGCAUGGAUAGAAGCACACGCAGGCUCGAUGCGGGAGAAGCAGAGGACGAUGCGGAGGAGCAAGAGGGCGGCGCGGGAGUCAAGCUCGAUGGGCUUCCCGGCUGGCUGACCGAGGUGAGGGGAACGAAGGUGGUGGUUCAGCCGCCCGCGCCUGGCGAUGACAGCAGUCGCGACAUGUGA